GUCGUUGUGUGAAAUCGAGUCGAGGAGAGGAGCCCGGUAUCAGAGAAUACGCAGUCACCAUAAACCAUCUAUUUGAACAACAAGCCACCGACUCUAAAAGAAAGAUUGGGGAAGCUGGAAGAUGAACUUGACCGAUUGAUAAGUAUUCAGGAGGCAACUCGACAUCAUGCCCGACUUGAAGCUGAGGCAUCAGUGGAAGGGAAGCAGACCCAAAAUUUAAGAUCUCAGAGAUGUUCAUGUACGAACAAUAUGUCUUGCACACGUACACUAGUUUGUGCCCGUCGGACCACUUCCCACUGCAUCCAAGAAGCCCCCUUGCCUCUUGCCAACAUCACCAAGUGUCUGCAGCACAUCAACUUCAAUCUUACAAAAGGAACUCAAGCUAUUACAAAGAUUGCAAAAUCAACCGCACAACAAAAUGUCUUUGAAAAUAAAAUACCGUACCAUGAGGGGUGUUUCAAGGAAAGUGAACAACUGCCCGAAUUCUCUGCUGUUUUGAAGACUUCGACGGUAAAAAAGAUAAAUGAAGACGCUUUGUUUAAGGAACUUCGAGAAGAAAAGGAUAAAAGACACAGGACAGAAACCCAAAUAAAAGCCCUGAAAGAGGAAUUAAAGAAAACACAAUUGGAACUGAAGGAGAAAACAGAUUCAGUACUUUUAUUGCAAAAGGAGGUAAAGGAGACAUUUGAAAAACUGGAGGAUGCAAAAGUUGUGAUAGAAAAAUACAAUCAAGAGCGUCAAUGUUCUGAAUAUGCGUGGCCCAUCAAGUUCAACAGCAUCUGUCAAGACCUCCAAGAAGAACAACUGAAGAGAAAGGAAGCAGAGAAGAGUGUUCAAAGGAUGCAGGAUAUGUUACAAAAAAUGCACGUUGAUUUGGAAGGACAGUUCACUAUGGAAGCAACUAUCGAUUGGCUAAAGGAUCAAAACAAAAAGUUGAUGUCUCUGACGGACAAGUUGCAAUCGGAAGUCGACGAGAUGAGCGCGGAGGGGCUGAAAAAAGACGAGAUGAUGGAGGAAAACCUGAGGAGGAUGAAGCAGCUGGCCUGUCUCUGCGAACGACUUAGAGAUCAGCUGAUUGUGUCCAGAGAGAAGACUGCAGCUGGAGAGGAGAAAAUUAAGAUGAGUGGUGUUCGCUGUCAAAGGCUCACAGACAAAUUCCUUGAGGCCCAGUGUGCUUUAGAGGACUUGAAAAAAUGUCAGGUCCAAGACAGGCAGGAGAUGUUGAGGCUAUCAGAGUUGCUGGAUAGUGCUUCUGUCUCAAACACAGCACUUCAAAAAAGAGUUGAUGAAAUGUCAGAGAUAAUGAAACAACAAAAUGACGUCAUCAGUCAACAAUCUGACGCAAUCAAUGAGAAGGAACAGCAACUAAAGUUGGCCUAUAGCAAUAUAAAACUGCAGAGCCAAAGGCUGGACGAUCUGGAGAGAAAGAGGUCUUCAGAACCCAAGAAUUUGGAGGCCAAACAGCUCUUGGAAGGUGACAUGAAAAAAUUAAGGAUCGAAUUAGAAAAGGAGAAGGAAAAUAUUCUAAUAAAGGAGAAAAUUAUUGAAAGUCAUCUUGAGACAAUAACAAUGCUGAAGAAUAAUCUAGCUGGAAAAGAAGAAGAACUAGGCCUGAGAAAAAGAGAAAUAUUGGAAUCAGAAAGGAAACUUGCUAUUGAACAAACUAGAAAUGAACAACUUAUGUCCAAAAUAAAGUGUUUGCAAAGUCGCAAAGAAGAAUUAAAACAAAAAGUAGAAGAACUGGAAGACGAGAUGGAAGCUAGACUAUCAUCAGAACAUGCUCGAAAACUAGAACUGAUAGAGAAACAGGUCCGAGAGAAACAAAAAGAGUGGGAGGGACAAAGGUUGCAACUGGUACAAGAGAGAGAAGAAGCUUUAGAAUCAUUAAGAUGUUCGGCGCAGAAGUUGGCACACAGAUCAGCGGAUCACCAGGAGGAGCUUGCGAGUUUACGGUCUCAUAUUGAUGCUUUGACUAACCAACUUGGAGAGAGUGAAAAGCAACUUCAGGAAGCAAGGAUUAAGAUUUCUACCCUUACAAAUGAGUUGCACGAAAGUAAAGAGUCUGCAAAAAGAACAAAAACAGAUUUCGAAGAAAAGCUACACAGCGCUUGUGAGUCAUGGCAGAAAGCAUUGCAACAAUUGCAAAUGGCGUAGCAUUAGUAUUUUUCACUUAUUUGUUCUACUUAUUUUGUAAGUAAAGUUAUUUUAUAGCUAA